CAUAAAUGCCUACACGUUUAUCGGGAAAUAUCUUGAUGGAAAUAUGUUCUACGUUGUAUAUAUUACGCGAGACGGGAUCAGUUAAUGAAUUGGUAAAUAUGGCAAAGAGUAUAUAAAGACCGAUGAGUUGCUGCGCAAUGCUUGGUAUUUCCAUCGGAGCGUAAAAUCAACAGGAAAAGUGUCGAAAUACAGCGAAGAUGGAAACUGUCGAUGUCACUGAGAUCGGUGUCGUUCAGAAAUUGCUCACGCUCGAAGAAGUGAAGGAAGUCGCAAGAAACGUGUUGAACAGCGAGGUUGAUUCGGUCGAGUACAAUAUUCGGCCGUAUUCCGAGGGUAAACUUGGAUAUCUCGGCUCUCAUUACCGUCUUACCGUGACAGCCACGGUGAGAAGAAAGAAAACGGUCACUCUUUCGCUCUUUCUCAAGACGCUGCCUUACGAAGUACCCGACCAGGUUGAAUACGUGAUAAAGAUCGGCUUCUUCAAGCAGGAGAUGAGCUUUUACAACACCAUAAUGCCGCUGCUGCGCGAACGGUAUCGCGGGGAAUUGUGGACGCCCGUGUGUUACAAAGUGAAGGAAAAUCUAUUGAUUUUAGAGGAGCUGGGCGACAAGGGGUAUUCGAUGCGAGGUAAGCUCUUCAACAAGACGCUCGUGCGAGCGGGUCUCAGCGCUCUCGCGCAUCUGCACGCCGCGUCUUUGAUGGCGGAGGCGCGUCUUGGCUCGCCCCUUAACCAAUUGUAUCCCGAUGCUUUCACGAAGAGAGUCUUCAGCGUCGACCAAAAGACGCGAGAAUGGUUCAGAGCGGGUGUCAACGUCGCCGCGGCUAUAGCCGAGCGUCUAGGACACGAUUCUGAUCUAGUACGUAUUGCCUGUGAGCAAGCCGAUUACGCCUUCACACCGUCCUGCACGAAAGUGAACGUGGCCAGCCACGGGGACUUGUGGGGUAACAACCUCAUGUUCAACGACGACGUGCCGCCCAGGUGCCUAUUGGUCGAUUACCAGCUGCUGAGAUAUUCGCCCUUGGCGCACGACGUGACGCAGUUUCUCUAUCUGUGUACCGAUCGGAGCUUCCGAGAGACCUGGGGCAGCACGAUGCUGCGAUAUUAUUACGAGACGCUGUGCGAAACACUGGACACACAUGAGGCAAGCUUGAGACGGAGACCCGCUUGGUCGGAAGUAGUCGAAGGUUUCGAGGAACAGCGUCUGAGCUCCCUCAUCACAGCGAUAAUAUACUUCCCCACGAUAUUGAUGGACGAGAAGCUUAGCGCACAGAUCUUGAACGACUCCGAGUCCUACACCGAGUACACCUUCCGGAACAGGACGAAGUUUGUACUUUCUGUCAUGGAGAAGGACUUGGACUACGGGAGGAGGAUUAGUGAGGCUGUCGCCGAACUGGCGGAGUUAGCUUCGCGAUUGGAUCAGUUGCCUAAGCCAUCUUAA